AUGGGUUGGUUGGGGAGCACCAUCACUGACUUCUUCACCUACGAGACCACCAAGUCUGUGGUGGUCAAAAGCUGGACUGUUGGCAUCAUCAACCGGAUCGUACAGCUGCUCAUCAUUGCAUAUUUUGUCGGCUGGGUCUUCAUCCACGAGAAAGCUUACCAGUCCAUUGACACCGGCAUCGAGUCCUCCGUGAUGACCAAAGUGAAAGGUUUUGGUUACCAUGAAGACCGUAUAAUGGAUGUGGCCGACUACGUCUAUCCCCCACAGGGCGCAGGUGUGUUCUGCAUCAUGACCAAACUCAUCAUCACUCAUAAUCAGUUCCAGGGAAAAUGUGCGGAGACUGGCAACUUUAAAUGUAAAACGGAUGAAGACUGCAAAGACUAUUUUGGGUCCAUCCUUACCAAUGGAGUGAUAACAGGUAUUUGCCUCAAUUAUGACAACGAGACGGAGGGUCGGUGCGAGAUUGAAGCAUGGUGUCCAGCUGAGGACGACACUGUCACCAUAGGCCGAAUCCUCGAUGUGAGUAACUUUACCAUUUUCAUCAAAAACAGUAUUCGCUUUCCUCUCUUCAAUGUCACCAGAGGGAACUUUCCAAGCACAAUGACUUCCUCAGAGAUUAAGCGCUGCAAGUACCACCCAGAGACCAACCCCUAUUGUCCCAUCUUUCGGGUCGGGGACGUCCUGAAUUACACAGACCAGACUCCGGAGAAGCUGACAAAAAAUGGUGGGGAAAUAGGAAUUAACAUUCAAUGGCAAUGUAACCUGGACCUGGACAUCGAAAAGUGUGUGCCCAAGUACUCAUUCUCACGCCUGGAUGCACCAUUUGCCAAGAACCGCAUCUCCAAAGGAUACAACUUCAGAUUUGCCAAAUAUUUCAUGACAGAGAAUGGGACUGAAUUUCGGACACUUCACAAAGCAUAUGCAAUCCGCUUCGAUGUCAUGGUCACGGGAAAGGCAGGAAAGUUUGACACAGUCCCAACACUGAUCAACUUGGUUGCGGCCUUCACCUCUAUUGGACUGGGUACAGUUCUCUGUGACAUUAUCUUGCUUAACUUCCUGAAAGGGGCGAAGCAGUACAAAGCCAAGAAAUUUGAAGAGGUGUCAGACGCUCAGAUUGAAGCAUCCAUUGCUCAGAGCCCCGGCAGCCAGCUGUCACUCAAACCAGGCCUCAAGAGCUCCUACGACUCCGGAGCCGUUUCCCUCUCGGCCUCCGACCAACCCAUGUGA